AUGCCACGAAACUACCAGCGAAUGCGCGAGACCCUCUUUGAUCUGUACACCGAACGCGACGCCCUACCUUGGUAUUUUCGAACACUUGCUACCGCGGCCUCAUGGCUUGCAUUAGGCGGAUAUAUUGUGUUCGCUUUGGUCUUCACCUCGGCCACCGAUAACAUCAAAGUACCGCGGACCUUCCUGACCGUGCUGGCUUCAGCCCUUCUCGUUGUCGGCUACGCUGCCAGCGCAGUAAUUGCAUACUUCAGCCGCAGUCUGCUGUUCCUCUUCGACGCUGUCCUUCUCCCGAUUCUUACCUCUUCUUUCAUGGGUGUAUUUGCCACGGUUAUGAACCACGCCCUUCACAAGAGAUUUCCCAUACCGACGCAGAUCUAUAUAUAUGUGCCUCUGGUGAUCGCAUGUGCUACCACCCUUGGCGCGGCCGGAUUGAGUUACAUCAUAUACAGAAAGCUAAACAAAGUCAAAGAGCUGGAUAGACAAAGGCGACAGCAUGUGCAGCGUUGGGAACGAGGCUCCUACGGCAACUAUGGGGAUGCGACGUCCACAACGGAACUGCUGCCGACGAGUGCUUGGACUGCGAACAACCUACCCGAAGACGAGGCGCAGCGGAGACAGUUGUUGCGGCUAUUACUCAACAGGGAAGCGUCGCGAGAGUCCCACAAUGACCACCGCAACUCUCAAAGCACCUACCACAUCAGUUGGCCAGCGGAUGGCGACGAAUCCCCUGGGUAUGAUGGACUGCAGGUUGUCCAGCCUGGCAUGCGGCCUCGCAGUGGCAGCCUGCCAACGAAUCCCAGCAGGUGGAGCGUCCUGAACAAGAUAACAAGAGACCGGAGCCCGACUGUGGACAGCCAGAGCUUCAAGAAUCCUCGAGAACGACGACGGGAAGAAAUCGAGCGUUCGUCGAUUCUGCUGACGCCGACGCCUGGAGUUGAGCAUGGUGGAUGGCCACAGACUCCGAGCUCAGGCAAAUCUCCAUCAUAUUUUCAAUCCUCACAGCCAGCUUGGGCAACAGGAUCCACGAGGUAUGCAUAG